GUGGUGCUCUGCCCUUUAUAUUAUGAGCUGGCUCAGAAACAGGGAACAGAGUGGCUGUCUCUGUUGCUAAGACCAAAACAACUGACACACCUUGGAAGUUUGUUUAUUGGGAUGGCCAAAGAGUACUUGUGGUUUGAGGGGCUUCCUUUCCUUACAGCUACUGUUAGAGACCUGAGAUCUUUGCGGGAUGAAUUUGUGGUGAAGGAUGAAGAUGUCAUUAUACUUUCUUACCCAAAGUCAGGAACCAACUGGAUGCUGGAGAUUGUCAGUCUGAUCCACACCAAGGGGGAUCCCAGCUGGGUCAAGACUGUUUUGAACUGGGAACGUUCACCAUGGAUAGAAAUCCAGGAAGGGUUUGAUCUCAUAAAGAAUCAGAAAGACCCACGCUCCUACAACUCCCACCUCCCUAUUCAACUCUUCCCCAAGUCAUUCUUCCAGUCCAAGGCCAAGGCUAUUUACGUUAUGAGGAAUCCCAGAGAUGUUAUUGUUUCUGGUUAUCAUUUCUUUAAAGUAAUGGUGCUUGCCAAAAGCACAGAUUCAUUUGAAGAAUAUUUUGAAUGGUUCCUUCAAGGAAAUGUGCUGUAUGGCUCUUGGUUUGAUCAUGUUCGUGGCUGGCUACAGAUGAAAGGAAAAGAGAAUUUCCUAUUAAUAUCAUAUGAAGAGCUGCAACAGGACUUAAGAGCCAGUGUAGAGAGGAUCAGCCAGUUCCUGGGCAUGAAGCUAAGCCCAGAAGAACUGAACUCAGUGGUCAAGAAUGUAUCCUUCCAGGCAAUGAAAGAGAAUAAAAUGAGCAAUUACUCCCAAGCACCUGAUAAUUUUAUAGAUCACAGCAGAGGAGAAUUUUUGAGAAAAGGAAUCACUGGAGACUGGAAAAAUCACUUCACAGUGGCUCAGAGUGAAGCCUUUGAUAAAGUUUACCAAGAAAAGAUGGCCGGGCUUCCUCAAGGCCUAUUUCCAUGGGAUUAAUGUCCUCAUAUGUCUGAGUUGACCUAAAUGCUGAAUUUCCUGAUGUUCUGUGUACGGCCAUGCUUAUACAAAGCCAACUUUCAGCCUACAAUCCAUUAUAUACUGAAUGGAAAACAAUCAUGUUCCUUAUUAACUUUAAGCCAUGCCAGCUUCAAAAAGUUAUGUAAUCUCAUAUGUGGAGUCUAAAGAACAGAAUAAACAAAAAAACAAAAUGGAA